AAUCCAAACAGACAGGCUAUCGAUUCGAAGUAGCGGCGGACACUCGUCAGAAUCACUUGUCACCAUCGUUGAAUUGUUCAAAGCUUAAUCCUGUGUUUUCGCUGCCUUCUCAGUUCUAAUUUGGAUUACUGUCAUUUGUUUCAAUCAAAUUGAAGAUGCUCCAUAACAAGUCUUUCGUCAAGAAAACUAAGGCUGGAAAAGUGUUGAAGCAAGUCAGGGAGCACUAUCUGAGAGACGACAUAUAUUGCGGAGCUCCAUUUUGCAAAACAUGUGAUACUUCAGCUGCUCGCUUGAGUGGUUCUGCUUCUACAGUUCUCGUUCUGGACACCAAUGUCGUUCUCAACCAGAUUGAUUUGCUGGAGAAUCCCGCCAUUGAUGAUGUUGUUAUACUGUCCAUUGUGCUGGAAGAGGUUAAGAACAAAAACAUGUCUGUUUACAAUCGAAUAAGAUCCAUCUGUGGCAAUUCGGCAAGGAAAUUCUUUGUUUUCUCCAAUGAAUACCAUAGGGAUACAUAUAUCAAGGAGAUGAGUGGUGAAACAAAAAAUGACAGGAAUGAUAGAGCUAUCCGAGUGGCUACUCAAUGGUACCAGAGUCAUCUUGGUGAUGCAGUGAAGGUUUUGCUUAUAACUAAUGACAGAGAGAACAAAAGGAAGGCUACUGAAGAGGGAGUUCUUGCGGAGACAGUUGAGUCCUUUGUAAAAUCCCUGGGCCGGUCAGAUUUACUUGACUUGCUUGUGCGACCUUCAUCUGAAGAUGUUGAAAUGGAAGAGGUGGAGGAUGUACGACCAUCCAAAAGGAAAGUCAUCUACAUAGAGCAUAAGCCAAUGUCAGAAAUUACUUCUGGUUUGCAUCGUGGAAUAUAUCAUCAAGGAAAACUUCGUGUAAAUCGUUAUAAUCCAUUUGAAGCAUAUGUUGGGAGUGAGAGCAUUGGCGAUGAAAUAAUAAUUUUUGGACGUACAAACAUGAACCGGGCUUUUGAUGGUGAUAUAGUUGCUGUUGAACUUCUACCUCAAGACCAGUGGCAUGAGGAGAAAUCUCUGUCCAUAGCUUGUGAUGAGGAUGAGGAUGAGGAUGAGGAUGUUCAUCUAGUUCCAAGCAGUGCUGAUGAUGCUCCUAGAACUCUUCCUCAGCAAGGUUCUACUGGAGGAAUAAAUCCUGUAUCCAGCCGUCCUUCUGGCCGUGUUGUUGGCAUUAUAAAACGCAACUGGCAUUCUUAUUGUGGAUCUUUGGAACCAAUGCCUAUGCCUGCAGGAAGUGGUGGUGUUGCCCAUGCUUUAUUUGUGUCCAAAGAUCGCAGAAUACCCAAAAUUCGAAUCCAAACCCGUCAACUUGACAACCUUUUAGACAAGAGGAUUAUUGUGGCGGUUGAUUCUUGGGAUCGUCAAUCUCGAUAUCCAUCAGGCCAUUAUGUGCGAACUAUAGGAGAGAUAGGUGACAGAGAUACUGAGAGUGAGGUAGUUUUGAUUGAAAAUGAUAUAAAUUCAAGGCCGUUCUCUUCACAAGUUCUUGCAUGCUUGCCACCUUUGCCUUGGUCAGUCUCUUCUGAAGAUUUGUCAAAUCCAAUUAGGCUGGAUUUGCGAAAUCUGCAUGUCUUCAGUGUGGAUCCUCCAGGAUGCAAGGAUAUUGAUGAUGCACUCCACUGUUCUGCUCUUCCGAAUGGGAACUUUGAAGUUGGAGUUCAUAUUGCUGAUGUGACAAACUUUGUGCAUCCUGGCACUCCACUUGAUGAUGAGGCUUCACAAAGGGGUACAUCUGUCUACCUUGUUGAGCGACGGAUAGACAUGCUCCCCAAACCUCUAACAGAGGACAUUUGUUCUCUCCGAGCUGAUGUGGAAAGACUAGCCUUCUCCGUCAUAUGGGAAAUGACCGCUGAAGCAGAUAUUAUCUCUACAAAAUUUACGAAAAGUGUCAUAAGAUCUUCUGCAGCAUUGUCUUAUGUUGAAGCACAGGCAAGAAUGGAUGAUAGGCGACUGGUGGAUCCACUAACUACUGAUUUGAGGAAUAUGAAUGGUUUAGCUAAGAAAAUGAGGCUACGGCGUAUUGAGAGAGGAGCACUAACUCUUGCUUCUGCUGAAGUGAAAUUUCAAAUUGAUACCGAGACCCAUGAUCCUCUUGAUAUCGGUAUGUACCAAAUUCGGGAAGCAAACCAAAUGGUGGAGGAGUUUAUGCUUGCAGCUAACGUUUCUGUUGCAGAACAAAUUCUUGAGAGUUUUCCUUCGUGCUCAUUAUUAAGGCGUCAUCCAACUCCAACAAGAGAGAUGCUUGAACCUUUGCUGUGUACUGCUUCUGCAGUUGGUCUCCACUUGGAUGUCUCAUCAUCAAAAGCAUUGGCUGACUCUCUUGACCAUGCUGUGGGUGAUGAUCCAUAUUUCAACAAGUUAAUCCGCAUACUGGCAACGAGAUGCAUGACUCAGGCAGUUUAUUUUUGUAGCGGGGAUCUAAGCCCUCCGGAAUAUCAUCAUUAUGGGCUUGCAGCACCUCUAUAUACUCAUUUCACCUCACCUAUUAGAAGAUAUGCAGAUGUCAUUGUUCACAGGCUGCUUGCUGCGUCCUUAGGAAUAUCUAAGCUACCUUCAAUAUUUCAAGACAGGCUCCAGCUCACUAGUAUUUCAGAUAAUCUAAAUUAUCGGCACAGGAAUGCACAAAUGGCAGGCCGGGCCUCUGUAGAGCUACACACACUCAUUUAUUUCCGAAACAGGCCAACUGAUACGGAGGCUAGAAUAGUGAAAAUAAGAUCCAACGGGUUUAUUGUUUUCGUUCCCAAAUAUGGCAUAGAAGGGCCUGUGUAUUUGAUGUCAAGAACUGAAAAGGGAGGUGGGGAAUGGUAUGUUGACGAGCAACAGCAGAAGAUUAAAAAGAUGGAUGGUAGCCUUUCGUACAGCAUUCUGCAGCCAGUUGUAAUACAUAUGGAGGUUGUGGAGCCCCAGCCUAACCGGCCAAAACUUCAGCUUACUCUCAUCUAAUGGUCAGGUAGUGGGUUUUUUCUUCUGGUGAGUGAUAUUUAGCUCUAAUCACGUGGCGAGCAACAUAGGCAUGCUGGGACCUGGGGAAUUGGAGCCCCCAUUUAGGUUUAUCAUUUGAUCCAGAUCCCGUAUAGCACUGGAAGAAAAUGUACAGGGGCGAGAGAGAAGACAGAGACUCAUUUGCGAGUGUGGAUCAAUCACUAUCUAUCUCUUUUCUCACUUCCCCCCCCCCCCCCCCAAGUUUUUAGCUCAAAGUCACCGAAGGGGAGGGGGGGAUCUACUCUGUCGCUGGCAUCUCAGCAGUCGAUGGAAUAUCUCCUCCUCCUCCUCCUGCUUUAUACACUUAUAUGAUAUUUGAUACUGAUCAGAUUUGAACGUUAUCAAACUUAUAUAGGGGGCCCAUAUUCUCGAUCUGUUUUUAUGAAAUAUUAAAUUUGGCCACCAUUGUAACUGUUGGUUUGGAAGGAAACAAUUACGGGUUUUGCAGUUCA